UCCAUAGGGCACCAGUCACCACAACUCAGCCAACUGGUAGCAGCUCUGACUCAACUGCCUUAUAUCUUGAGCUGUGACAUAAGCUAUCCUUUGAAGAAAGGGUUUUAUGUAUUUAAAAAAAUGAAAUAUAUGGUUUGUAAGUUCAUGUCCAUGGAUCUCAUAAAUUAGUACUUAUAUUUAUACUGAGGCAUUUGAUAAAAGUCUAUCAUGUUGCUUUGUUUUGGUAAUUAAGGAGCUUUAAAGCUAAUAUUCAUUCAUUCAUUCAAUUAUUUGUUCAUUCAACAAAUAUUUAUAACAUACCUCUCAUGUAAAAGGCCCUGCAGAGUCCCAUCUCCCUGGGAAGCCCUAGGAAAUGUAAGUCACCAUGCUCCUGAGAAAUGAACAAGGCAGAAAUUAGAGUUUCUGUUUUACAGAUGAAUCACCCAAAGCUCAGAGAAGCCAAAUUACUUGCUCACCUGCAGGACCCACAAUUUGAACCAAGUCUUCCACUUCUGCGGUCUUAGACUUGCCCAUCAGAUCAACCGUUACAGAAUGCCCAAGCAGGAUGUGGUCUGAGAAGAGAGUCCUGAAUCUGUCUGCGGGUGACCUUUGAGAAACAAUUUGUUUGAAUAGGUGAAUGUGGUCACCAGAACAUAGAGGUUGAUUGGUAAAUGUGGUGAAGUGAGACCAGCAAGUACAAACCACCUUUUCCAAACAUUUGACAGUAAAGGAAAUGAUUGACAGAAUAGUGGCUUGAGAAGAAAAAGGUUUGGGAAGGCUGGAACUUGAGCAUGAUCGUAGGUCGAUCCUAUGGGGAUAAAGUCUUAAAAACAAAAGAGAAAGCAUAAGGUAUCAUGCAGAGAAAUAUUUUAACACAAAAAUUUAUUUACGUAUUAAAAAUUUUUAAUGUUCAUUUAUUUUUGAGAGUGAGGGUGAGAGAGAACAUGAGCCAGGGAGGAGUGGAGAGAGAGGGAGACACAGAAUCUGAAGCAGGCUCCAGGCUCUGAACUGUCAGCACAGAGCCAGACACGGGGCUCUAACCCACGAACUAUGAGAUCAUGACCUGAGCAGAAGUCACGCUUAACUGUCUGAGCCACCCAGAUACCCCCUAACCCAAAAAUUUAAACACAUACACACACAUAAUGGGUUCUGGAGCAGUCUGUUCUAGGUUCACAUUCUGACUCUGCUACUUACAGUCUCUCUGUGUCUCAGGUUCUAAAUCUAUGAAACAGUGUGAUUGAGACUCUUUGAAUUAAGCUUAACAAAGUGUCCUGGACUCACUGCAUGCAAGAGUUAGUCCCUCCCCAUCCCCCCAUCCCUAACUCGCUUCUGCUCUACUCAAAAUUCGGGUUGCCACAUAAAAUACAUGCAAUAUUUGGGGCAUACUUUUACUAAGCCAUGAUUCCUUGUUUACUUGAAGUCUCAAUUUAAUUGGACACGCUGUUUUUGUUUUCCUAAAUCUGGCAACCAUACCCAAAAUAAAAUACAUUGUAUGCAAUGCACCCUGAUAGAAAUGGAAGGCCUGUGUAAAGAGAUAAAAUUGUGGAUGGUGCUGCCUCCUACUGGGAGAAUGUGGCAACAUCAACCAUCCCUACACAGACCACACCCUAUAGGUGUUUGCUUAAAAAUAGCAAUCUACACAUUCAAUGCAAUCCCAAUCAAAGUUGCCCUGACAUUCUUCUCAAAGCUAGAACAAACAAUCCUAAAAUUUGUAUGAAACCACAAAAGACCCCAAAUAGCCAAAGUAAUAUUGAAGAAGAAAACCAAAGCAGGAGACAUCACAAUCCCAGACUUUAGCCUCUAUUACAAAGCUGUAAUCAUCAAGACAGUAUGGUAUUGGCACAAAAACAGACAUAUAGACCCAGAAUGGAAUAGAAUAGAGAGCCCAGAAUUGGACCUACAAAUGUAUGGCCAACUAAUUUUGACAAAGCAGGAAAGAGUAUCCAAUGGAAAAAAUACAGUCUCUUUAGCAAACUGGGAGAACUGGACAGCAACAUGCAGAAGAAUGAAGAAGGCCACUUUAUUUCACCAUACACACACACACACACACACACACACAAAAACCCUCAAAAUGGAUAAAAGACCUAAAUGUGAGACAGGAAACCAUCAAAACCCUAGAGGAGAAAGCAGGCAACAACUUCUUUGACCUCAGCCACAGCAAUUUCUUACUCAACACAUCUCCAAAGGCAAGGGAGUUAAAAGCAAAAAUAAACUUUUGGGACCUCAUCAAGAUAAAAAGCUUCUGUACUGCAAAGGAAACAAUCAACAAAACUAAAAGGCAACCGAUGGAAUGGGAAAAGAUAUUUGCAAAUGACAUAUGAGAUAAAGGACUAGUAUCCAAAAUCUAUAAAGAACGUACCAAACUCAACACCUGAAAAAUAAAUAAUCCAGUGAAGAAAUGGGCAGAAGACAAGAAUAGGCACUUUUCCAAAGAAGACAUCCAGAUGGCUAACAGACACAUGAAAAGAUUCUCAACAUCACUCAUCAUCAGCUAAGCCUCUCACUUCAGAAAUGGAGUUGGGAUCCAGGAUGGAGAAAAACGAGCAAUUCCUGCAGAAGCUGGGCAGAAAGUCUGUCAACAAGUGUCUGGAUCUGAAUAACUGUGGAUUAACGACCGAGGACGUGAGGGAAGUGGUUGCUUUGCUGCCUCUUCUCCCAGACUUGGAAAAACUGGAUAUUUCCUGGAAUGAUCUUAUAGGUGGAACCCUCCAUUCAGUCACCCAGCAAAUGCAUCUCGUCAGCAAGUUAAAAAUCCUGAGGCUGGGAAGUUGCAGACUUACCACUGAUGAUGUUCGAGCACUGGGAGAAGCACUGGAGGCAAUACCUGAGCUGGAAGAGCUGAACUUGUCCUGGAACAGUAAAGUGGGAGGAAACUUGCCUCUGAUCCUCCAGAAGUUCCAAGAAGGGAGCAAGAUACAAACGCUUGAGCUCAUAGAUUGCAACCUCACAUCAGAAGAUGGGGCGUUUGUGGGUCAGUUGCUACCCAUGAUGCAAAAUCUUGAAGUACUUGAUCUUUCCAUUAACAGAAACAUCGGUGGCAGUCUAAACAGUAUUGCUCAGGGAUUAAAAAGUACCUCAAAUCUGAAAGUACUGAAGUUACAUUCAUGUGGACUAUCGCAAAAGAGUGUCAGAAUAUUGGAUGCUGCUUUUAGGUACUUGUGUGAACUGAGGAAAUUAGACCUUUCCUGCAACAAGGAGCUGGGUGGAGGUUUUGAAGACUCGUCAGCUCAGUUGGCCAUGUUGGAGCAUCUAGAAGUCCUGGAUCUUCACCAGUGCUCGCUGACGGUAGAUGACGUGAUGUCGCUGACCCAGGUAAUCCCUUUACUCUCGAGUCUUCAAGAGUUGGAUUUAUCUGCCAACAAAAAGAUGGGUGGCUCUUCUGAAAACCUACUCAGCCGGCUCCGAUUUUUACCAGCCCUGAAGUCCUUACUCAUCAACAACUGUGCUUUGCAAAGUGAGACGUUUACCGCCCUCGCUGAAGCCUCUGCUCACCUCCCUGCUCUGGAAGUAUUCGACCUUUCUUGGAACAAAUGUAUUGGUGGCAACCUGAAGCUGCUUCUGGAAACACUGAAGUUCUCAGAGUCCCUUCAAGUGCUGAGACUGAGCAGCUGUUCCCUGGUGACAGAGGACGUGGCUGUCCUGGCAUCACUAAUACAGACGGGUCAUCUUGCCAAGCUGCAGAAGCUUAUCCUGAGCUAUAACGACAGUAUCUGUGACACAGGAUGGGCCAUCUUCUGCCAAAACAUGUGGUUCCUCAAAGAGUUAACCGAGCUGGAUAUCAGCCUUAGGCCAUCAACUUCCCGGGACUGCGGACAAUGGUUUAGACAUUUGUUAUGUGCUGUCACCACACUUCCCAAGAUUACGGAGAUAGGGAUGAAAAGGUGGAUCCUCCCUGCUACACAGGAGGAAGAACUCGAACGUUUUCACCAAGAUCACAGAUGCAGCAUUCACUUUGACCUUGGUGAAUUUCAGGAAGCUGAUUUCCCACGGCUUAACUAAGCUAUAAACCAUUAUCUGGAGGAGGAAAAAAACAUGAAUGAAUCCCAGUGUAAUCAAAGGAGUAUCAACUUCUGGGCUGUUUAGUGGGAUUGAUGUUACAAAAGCUUUGUAAAUAUGUAUAUGGUAAUGUAAUAUGAGCAUGUCUUUAUUCUCAAAUGACAAGGAUGACAUUUUCCCCUGGAGUUUCAUUUAUUUUGGAAAUCUAAUUCACUUACUAUUUGGAAGGCCUGCCAAAGAUGUUUAGAUUCUGGUAACACAUUUCCUUUUUUCUUGCCCUGGAAUUUUCUCCCUCUUGUUUUCCUACAUGAUAAAUGUUCUAAAUAUAAGGGUGUGUAAGUACAUGUGUGAGUGUGUGUAUGAGUGUGAGGGUGAAAUCUAAUGUGAAAAGCACUAGCUAUGUAAUAGUUUUAUGUUAUCAUUAUUAUUAUAUGUAUCUUAAUGUAAACUACUUGCAUUUUCAUCAGGAAGUGUGCCCUUCCAUGGUUUAUUAUUUUAUGUCCUGGUGCUUUUUAUCUCAGAUAUAAACCAUGAAUGCUAACAAUGGUCACUGACAUAAAUCUUAGCAAAAAGGUGGUCAAAAAAUCAAAACCCAGUAUCAAAAACACAUCUUGUUAAAAUUUUUAUUGUUGAAAGAAACUAACAUACUAGCUCUGGGCAUUUUUUGGGCAUGGUUUUUGCUACAUAAAACCUAUUUAAUUCAUUAAAGUUUUUGUCUUGCUCUAA